AUGCCUGGAUGGGUGAUAGCUGUUAUGGACGCAUUCAAAUAUGCGGGUGCAAUAAGCUUCAAACCCGAAAACGAUAUCCCAGAUCUGACCGGGAAGGUCAUCUUGGUCACAGGCGGAAAUGCAGGAUUGGGCAAAGAAACAGUCCUCCAGCUAGCCAAGCACAGUCCGAAGAAGAUCUUCCUCGGUGCGCGUUCAGAAGCCAAGGCAGAGGAAGCCAUCAAGUCGGUGAAAACAUCCGUUCCAAAUGAUGUUGAAAUUAGCUGGAUACCGUUGGACUUGAUGUCAGGUAAAUCGAUCAAGAACGCAGCGGAGCAAGUGAACGCCCAAUCAUCCCGUCUCGACGUCCUCAAUGCGGGUGUGAUGGCUCUGCCCCCUGGCGAGACUGAAAUGGGUCAUGAGAUCCAGCUUGGCACAAAUCAUACCGGGCACUUUUAUCUCACGAAAUUGCUGCUGCCAAUACUCCUCAAGACGGCCGAGGAGCCUGGCUCGGAUGUCCGUGUCGUGUCGCUCGAUUCUGUGGGGCAUAUUUUCGCGCCGGCAUUUGAGAAAAUCCUGGAUCAAGAGAAGCUCAAAAAGGUCAGCACAACUUCUCGGUACGGAGCGUCGAAGGCUGCCAAUAUUCUCUUCGCCGCGGAACUCAGCAGGCGGUACCCGUCAAUAACGUCGGUGGCGGUUCAUCCAGGGAUUAUCGUAACGAAUUUGUAUGACGCUUUGAAUUCGCAAUUUCUGUUUGCUGCUUUGGGCACUAAGUUUCUGCGUUUACCUGCCUCGACAGUGCACCAGGGCGCGUGCAACUCGCUGUGGGCUGCGGUUGGUGCGAAGAAGGAGGAGCUCACAAAUGGAGGAUAUUAUGUGCCUGUUGGAAUUUUGAAACGUCGGAACAAAUGGGCAUGUAAUAAGGAUAUGGGUAAGCGCUUGUGGGAGUGGACUGAGUUGGAGCUCACCAAGGCCAAUCUCUGA